AUGGAGGUAUUUGGCAAAUCUGUGAUUGCUGAGCCCAGCAAUGUGAUUUUCUUGUCCGCAAUCCUUAACACAGAAGGGUCAAACCCUAGUCACAAGUGUGACAAGAGGUGCCAGAACGAGCACAUUUUUGGGAACAUGUACCGUUGCAAACUGACUGGAACCACUCACAUCUGCGACAAAAACUGUAACCAGAGGAUCCUCUAUGACAACCAUAACUCGCUCUGCCGAGUGAGUGGGCAGUUUUUUCCGCUCUCUCCACUGGAGCAGCAAGCAGUGAGGGGUAUCCGCAGGAAGCAUGAAGUGGACAGCAAUGAAGGCUGCUCCUUUAAGCGCAGGCGUGGUGCACAGCUGCAUCCUUCCCCCUUCGAGAGGUCCUACUCUGCUGUGUCUCCAAUCCCAAGCCAGGUGAACAUGCUGAUUAUAUUUUCAUUGUCGGGUGGCAAGAAACUAAUCAAGGAGUCUCUUCUCAUUCCUUGCUGUGGAGGACUGUUUAGCUGCAGCUGA